AUGCUUCAACUCGGGGUUUAUCGCAUCCUACGGAUUUUCUGGAUUACCCUUGACUUUUGGUUCAACACUGAUCAAUCUUUCUUCCCCACAAGCCAAGCCCAACAGAGCGGCAAGCUGUCAGAAUCAGUCCCACUUGAAAUCCUAACUCCUUUGUCUAGUGCCCUGGAGAACGAAAUGUCAUCUGACUCGAUCGAAUUGCAAAGCUGGGAAGAAAUCUACAAAGAAGAGUGCCUUAGCUUCAAGUCCAGUCUAGAGACCCAAGCUCAGAUUUUGAGAAAUGAUCCGGAAGGUCAAGGAGUAUAUCGUAUCAAGGAUGUCCGCAAAGAACUAAUCUCACUUUCUCAUCAGGCGGAGCGAAUCAAGGAGGCUGCAUUUGAGAUGGUCGACGAGACUCCCGACAGUGUAUAUGUCCGCAACGCAACUCCCGGGUGGCUCUCCUCCCGACUUGGAGAUCCGCAGUUAGAACAGGUAUGUAUUAGCAUGGAAUACAGUUUGGACCGACUGGCAUUUGAACUUAGAUCCGACCCGUCAAUGGACCUUAUGGUCGCUGCACACCUUGAGCAAAUGACUGACGAUAUUGAGAUGGACUUUCUUUAA